UCGUCAAUCGGAGUUCAAGAUGGCGAUCAGCGAGCUGCUAAUAUCGCAACUUAUCGAUCAUUAAUAUAGCAUCUAAGUCAUCAUACUAUUAUAAACCAUACGCGUUAUGUCAGUAUUUCAAAUCAGCUUCUUAUACCGUCCUAAAGCAGUGGAUAUCCGACACUAGUGUCUAGAGAAAGAUUGUGUUUGUUGUUUUUUAGCUUACGUCAAAUAGAAAUAGUUGCUGAUCAGCUUUAUGAAACUGUUUGGAAUGAUUGGGAAGUUUUCAUUAGUUUGGAGGUCAACAUGUCGCUAAGAGAGUUAAAAGUAUGCCUUCUUGGGGAUACAGGGGUUGGAAAGUCAAGUAUCGUAUGGAGAUUUGUGGAGGAUAAUUUUGAUCCCAACAUUAAUCCCACAAUUGGAGCAUCAUUUAUGACGAAGACUGUGCAGUACCAAAACGAGCUUCACAAAUUCCUCAUUUGGGACACAGCGGGACAAGAAAGGUUUCGUGCCCUGGCUCCCAUGUACUACAGAGGCUCUGCUGCGGCUAUCAUUGUGUAUGACAUCACUAAAGAGGAAUCAUUCCAGACGUUGAAGAAUUGGGUGAAGGAGCUUCGCCAGCACGGACCACCCAACAUAGUGGUGGCUAUCGCUGGCAACAAAUGCGAUCUCUCCGAUGCCAGAGAGGUGUCAGAGAAGGAUGCCAAGGACUACGCUGACUCCAUUCAUGCCAUAUUUGUAGAAACCAGUGCCAAAAAUGCCAUUAACAUCAAUGAGAUCUUCAUUCAGAUAAGUCAAAGGAUCCCAGGUAUAGACGCGGGUGGCGGGUCUGCAGUCAAGGGCUUCAAACUUCGUGGCCAGCCAUCAGAGUCGACCAGGGAACGCAAUUGCUGUUGAUGUAGCCGUAAACAAUUUGGCCAGAUCCUCUCCAGCCGCUUGUUUUAUUUUCGAUUAGUAACCAAGCAGAUGACGAAUGUGAUGUCAUAGGGGAAGUUACGUAACUUCCUUUUGGAGCCAAAAACAAAGUUCAGUUAAGAAUCGAAUUAGAUAUAUACAGCAGUAUGAAUCCUGAUGCAAUUCCUAGAGAAAGGAAGUCGUUGUACCUUAUCUUGCCUGUCUUCAGCCCCCCGUUCAAAUGUCUUUGGGGAUCCAUUUCUGUUGUAGAUCACUGCUCAGAAACAGACAGCAACUAAAAACACCUGCUUAACAGAUCAGAUACUGUCCUGUCUUGCUCUCUUUCUCUCUCGUUCAUUCUCAUCCCUGUGCACCAACCACUGCAAAACUAUAUGACGAUUCCAGGUGAAGCUGUUGUCUGUCCAUCUGUACAUUUUCAGAUUUUCAGCAAUCCUAAUGCAAGCAACACGGCGUUCUUGUCUCACUAUUUGCAGAUUUUUAGUGUGUUUGAUAAAAAAUUUUUUUUUUAAAUUCAGGUCUCACUUCAGUCAGGUCAAGUGGAAAAAAAUAGGAAAUUAUAUUUAGCAAAAAGUGAAGGUAAAGUCCAUUCUUAUGACUAUUAAGAUGUUUUUCAUUUUGUAAAAGUAUAAAAUUAAUUUCAACUCUAAAACAGUACCUAAUAUAGCUGUAUUGCAUUAAUGAUGAAUGCAGAAACACAUUAUAAAAGUGUGCUUAAUUGUCCUAAAAGUAAUGUAACAAAAUGCUCUUAAAAAUAAUCCUCAUUAUCGCUCCUUUUUAUUGUGAUUAUGAGGGUAAAAUGACAUGGACAUGUUUUCAGUGACAUUUACUCAAACACAGAUUUACUAUUAUAAAUAUCAAAAUAUGUUUGUAUUUCUGUUACACAGGACCAGACAUGAGGUCGUGAGCACUUCUGUCUUUCCUAUAUUUUGUAUAUGAAAAAAAAAUAUAUAAUCAUUGGUAGUACUAAAAAUAUAAAUAAAGAUUUAGCAAGAGAUGUCUGAGCCUUGGCCAGAAGCCCUAUUUUGAGAUUAGUUUAUUAAAUAAUAUAUGAAGAAUGUGCCAAAUCUUUUUUGUGACAUAGAGUUGCAGAUCAAUAGGUCGGUCAGCGUGUUUGAGUUCAGCAAAACCUUCUGCUUAUCAGUUUGCAAGUCAAGAUAACAGUAGUAACACAUUCUUUGCUCGAAUAAGCCACAUACUGGGUUGCCAGAUUCUUAGCUACAGAUCCAGCCUGUUCUUGGAUUAACAAACAGUUAGAAUGGACUCUUAUGUUUGACGAUAAAUGUCCGUUGUUACCACUUGCAGUGCAUUAUCGUGGCAUUAGAGAAGUUCAACGCUCUUGAUUUAAAGCUAAAGUUGUCCAGUCUUCUAGAAUGCUGACAAGAAUAGCAGAUUCAAAGUGUUAGAUUUGAUAACUUUUCCAACUGUUCACAUGUUUUUCAUUUCAGAAAUUUAAUGUUAGUGGGAAGGAGCCAUUGCUGGAAUUCUGUUACACGAAGUGGUGCAAUUUAGGCGUUUGUCCAAGACUUCGUGAAGUGUGCAUUAUGUCCGAAAAACGUUGCAUUUUAACCAUUUGUGUUAGUUGGCAGUUGUUUGCUUCAGAUCCCUUGCCGUUCCAUUUUGUGACAUUUUACUGGAUUGAAUGAUUUUAUGACAUUUUGCUGGAUUGAGUGAUUUUGUGAGGACCUGCCAAAUGGCCUAAUUGUCUCAUAAACAUUUUUCAUCUUUCUCAUUCUUUCACUGGCCUGCACAUCCAACAUGCUUUUAUUAUCUGGACAGGGAUAAAAAAGGAGCAUAUCUGGAACCUAGUUUAAAGAGACUAUGCUAUACCAAAUAUUCUGCUUUGAUUUUUUUCCUCUAACUCAUUUUUGAGCCUAAAUGUUUUCUUUAGAGCUCUACUGUCCGUUUUGUUGAAGAAAUACACUUAAUUUGGGAGAAAAAGUCUUAAGAAUUGCAGAAAACACCUGAGAAACUAGCAUUUAAAUGAUUUGGAGUAAUGUACACACUAUUCAUUCAAAACCCUUAAGAUAAUGUGGUUGAGUUGCUCUUUUUGUAUACAUCAUGUAGAAUUUACAUUGAGGUUUAUUCAACCAAAAUGUAACAUUAUCUUUUACAGUUUGUCAUAUAUGUGAAUAUAGAAUACAUACAUUAUGAUUUCUUAACUGCAUAUACCCACAAUGUCAGUUUUAAGGGUAAAAUGUGCUUAAAAUGUGUUUCAUCUACUUGUACAUCAGUAUAAAAUGACAUCAUCUCUGUUGUUUUUAAAAAUAAGUAUGUGGCUUGUGUAAUUUGUCUUAUGAUGGUACUUUAAAAGUAUGUCAUAUAUUAUCACAUAUGCUUUUGACACAUGAAAUUGGCAAUAUAGGAGUGUUUAGUGAAUCAGAAUGUAUAUUAUGGGCAUCGUCAAAGUCUUGCGUUUCUUUUGCCGUGAUUUAUCCUGUAAUUUUAUAUGCAGUGAUGCCAAUUCAACAUAAUGUUUUCAGGAAUUCACAAGUGCAAUAAUAAUACUUUUCCCCUCCAAAAUGUGUGCUGUCAGUAAUAAUAGCUGAGAGAUUUAUAGACUUAUUACAGUAAUUGUACUUAAUCCAUGAAUUUUAACACAACAAUAUUUUCCUUUAGAAGACAGUGCUUGUUAAAUGGAAAAAAGGGAUUACUUGGAACAAUACUUAGGGGAUAAAAUUGUUUUUUAUUUUUCAGAAUUGAUAUGUGGCUUUCGCCCUUGUUGAAACAACUUGGAAAAAUAACAGUCCUAAGCCAUUUCUAUUGAUGUUUACACAGAGAAUAACAUUCAAAUUGAUUCUUCCAGUGUCUGUAAUAUACCGUACUGCGAAGUAAAAGUAUCUUUCACUCAAA